UUCCAACAGUCCAUUCAUCAUCUCCUCUGUUUCCCUCCAAAAGUCUUCUCUCUCUCUCUAUCUCUCUCUCUCUCUCUCAUCAUUUCUGGUACUAUUCAAGAGCAAGAGCAAGAAAGAGACCCAAACAAUCGGUGAACAGUAAUGGCCGACGAAGACAUUCACAACGGCCUUCAAGACGAGCCAUGGGAAGAACGAACUCUCCACCUCCUUUACAACUCCAAGAUCGAUCAAGAUUUUUCAAUUGCUAAAGUUCAAAAAAGUGGACGAAAGAAGCACAAAGUGCGCUGGAUGUCGAAGAGAGCUAUGGCAAUUCCUCAAGUCAUCAUCGAACUUCACGACCAAGCCCUAAGAGAAUCUACUCUCCGAUGUCUCAGUACUUUCCUUCUCGAGAAAAGAGAAGAAGAUCCAGAAAAUUACUACAGGACAGGGUUCUUGUUAUAUAAUUCAUGCAGCACUAUAGCUGUCUUGCUACAGGAAGUUCUGGCAUUUUCACAAUUGAUGGUAGAUGGAAGUCUGACCGUAAGAGCAACUAAGCGUCUUGUUAAUGUUCUUACCCUAUUUCAGUGCAUUGCAGCAAACAAAGAAACAAGAUAUAAGUUUGUUAAAUCUUAUGUGCCCAAUUUCUUGGUACCCCUGAUACUGUUUGAUAGCCCAUCAGAGAUUUAUGAAAAUGUUCGAGCUGUUGCCCUCUCUGUGUUUGGCAUUCUAUGCCAGGCUAGAGAACCUGAGAUCAUUCAAUGGGCUCUGGAAAGCAAUAUGGUUGAAGUCUGUCAGAUCAGCAUAGAGAUUGGAAGUGAGCUCUCCAAAGUGAUUGGAAUGCACAUUUUUGAAGCCAUUAUGCAGGAUGAAUCAGGGAUGUCUUAUAUUUGUAGUCCAACCUGUGAUCAGCUGCUGAAGAGAUUGAUUAAUACGUGGGAGCAUCUGGUUACUUGUUUGGCUUUGGAUCAAGAUUUCUCUCCCCGCCUGCUAUUUCACAUUAUACGCUCGUAUGUUCUUCUCUGCACUCACGUUAGGGGAUUCAGUCUUGUAAUGGACAAUCUACCUGAUAGCAUCAUAGAUAAUUCUUUUGGUGAUCUCUCUGUGGAGUUCCCUUUGAUCGGGAGUUUGCUCCAUCAACUACGCCUAACUGUCGGUAAAAUUGAUGACUGCUGCCCAGAUUUCCUACCCAAUGACUUGCUGCUUUAUUAGCCAUGUACUCCUCUGAACUUAUAUAUAUAUAUAUAUAAAUCUUCUAUUCUAUUCCUUGUACUCCUGCUUUUGAAGGGGGGUAAAUGGAGAAACAAAGAUGAAGUUUGAAGUUGUUACUGCCUCACUUGGUCACUGCUUUUGUAUUUUUCAAUAUCUUGGAAUUGUGGAUAUGAAUCACAUAGACAUCAAAGACAAUUCUUUUGAUGCAAAAAUAAUGUGAAAUUGUUCAACUCUCUUCCUUUAUGUUCAACUCUCGCAUGAAAUCUCCUCUCUUGUUGAUUGAGAAAUUGAUUGCGAAGUUAUGGUUAUAUGUGCUGAUCAAAACAAAAACAAAAAAUUAUGGUUUUAUGUGGCUG